CCGGAAAUGACGUUUAUAAAAACAGCGCAAUGGCGUCCGUAGUCACGCAUUAGUGUCGGAAAGUGGAGUUAAACCUCCUGCUUUUUAAAAUCCGCCAUAAAUGGAUAUAAUAACAGAAUUAUAUUCAGAAUAAACAGGUGAGGAUGAUCCGCAGGUCGAGGAUCAGCGUGCGGCCCAAUGUGAAGCCCACAGGCAGAGCUGCAGCGACAUCUCGAGAAACUCCUCAGGAGACUGGGACUCCCAAUGAGCCUCCUGUUGAGACUCCUGCUGACCUUAGUAAUGAUGUGGGGGUCAAAACUGGAGGUCGGGAGGUCCUCACAGAGGUCAAAGCUGCUUCUACUGUCCCGGCUGCAGAGAUGAAAGAUAACACAGAAAGCCAGAGCAGUGAUGUAACCAGCCAAUCAGAUUUCAGUGUGAGCACAGCAGUUGUGGCAGGCCGAAGUGCAUCCACCAGCUCUUUAUCCACGAGGAGAAAGCGCUUUAGUGUCCUGCCCAACCUCAGCAAACCCAGAAGUACUCCAGCCUCCACCCUCAGCUCCUCUAAGCUCCCUAAACCUCCUGUUAGACCUGAAUCUACCCAUGAAGUUCCCCCCACUUCCACCCACACCUCCUUGGAUGUUUCUGAAUCACCUGAUAAACAUGAUUCAACUCAGGAAUCUGCACCAGAACCAUUUCCUGUCUCCACCAAAUCACUUCAAUCUCCUGCCCCCCAGCUGCCCUGUUCAGACAUCCACAACACUUCCAUGGCCUCUAGAGUUCCCACUGAAGCAGUAACUACCAAAGAACUUACUCCUGAUAAAGCCUUGUCUACCCCAGAAACUGCCCCAAAGCUGCCCCCUGCGCCACUCGCCCCAUCAGAUGGCAAGUCAAAGCGGAGGAAACCCAAACCUGUAACUCCAACUCAGGACAAUGUACGGACAUCAUCAAGCAGAUUGGAUGAAGUUGAGUCUCAGUCAGCCAAUCAGGAUGCAGCAGAGUCGUCUUGUCCCAGUGAAGAAGUGCAUCCAGCGUCGGUUUCCCAAUCGCAGAACGAACCUGUCGUCCGGGAUAGAAGUGACCUCACCUGUCCAGAGAAAAGUAAGAAACCACAGCAGCACAUCCCUCUGGCCCUGAGGACCCUGAAUGACCCAGUGGACCGUCUCAGGUUAGCACGGGCCAGAAAACUCCGAGAGCUUCUUAAGAAAGAGAUGAAUAAAGAAAAACAGAAGCCGAAGCACCAGAGACCACAGCCUGGAAUUAGCCAGCAUAAAAAAACAAAAGAUCACACCAAAAUGACCAUGAGAGAGCUCAUCUACUACCUACCAUCCACAAACCCAAUGAAGUCGUACACUGAAGACGAGCAAAGAGCUGAGAUGGAUUUUCCUGCGUCUCCAACAGCAACUCCAGUUGUGCAAUCAGCGUCAGAAAAGAAUGCAGCAGAGGAAGAAGAAGAAGAAGAAGAGGAGGAGGAACGAGGAGCAGGGGAGGAAGAACCGAUGCUGGCUCCAAGAGUCAAGGUGGCUGAAGACGGAUCUCUCAUCAUAGAUGAGGAAAGUUUAACCGUACAGGUGCAGAGGAUGAAGGGGCCAAACCCGGUGGAGGAGAGAGACCCGAUAUUCGAGCGCGGUUCCACCACCACGUACUCCAGCUUUAGGAAAGGCACUUACACGAAACCCUGGUCUAACCGAGAGACUGACAUGUUUUUCUUGGCCAUUAGCAUGGUGGGGACGGACUUCUCCAUGAUUGGACAGCUAUUUCCUCAUCGAGCUCGAAUAGAGAUUAAGAACAAGUUUAAAAAGGAGGAAAGAGCAAACUCCUGGAGAAUAGACAAGGCAUUCAAGGAGAAACGACGCUUGGAUCUCGAUUUCUUCAACAAGCUGCUGGCGCAGAUCCUGAAAGAUGAGGAAGAGAAACGCAAGAAAAAGAAACGUGCCUCCCAAAUGGCAAAGAUUCCCUGUCAGAGACCAGGAGAGCGGAAGAGGAAGAUCUAUUCUUCAGACUCGGAGGAGGACGAGAGCUCGAGCAGCGACGCCAUGGAGGGAGAGAAGGAGAACGAGAAUGUGUGUAAUGAUGGAGGGAGCGUUGCUGCUCUGAAGAGGAAGAGAGCAGGAGGAUCACAGAACAGAAGGAAACACUCAAACCAAUCAGCUGAACAGGAAGCAGAGGAUGAGGCUGAGAGAAGCGCUAAUGAAGAGUCAGCACCUGUUCCUGAGUUGGACUCUGUGGAAGAGGAGACUGUGAAAUCGGUGCGGAGGUGCAGGAACAGAGGUCCUGUGGUGCAGAGAAAAGCUCAGGACACAUGCACCUCAUCCAGGGAAGAGAGCGCCAAGGAGUCAGCCUCAAAUAAUUCUACAGCCUCAGUGCAAGAGAAGAAGAGACACACUUCUGAUGUCAUUUCCUGUGGAUUGCAGGACUCUGAAAAUGAGGAGGAGCUUGAUCUGACCACCAUUCAAGAGAACAUUCUCAACAAGCCGACGCGGUCGGGUCGGAUCCCAAAACUCUCUCAGCACAUGAUUCGUGCAGCAGCAGAUGAAGAGGAUGAUGAAGAAGAGGAUCAGCUCCCACCUCUCCCUCUUCCACUUGAUGCUUGGCGUUGGGGCUCUCAGGCUAAACGGGGCAGAUGGCACGCCCCACGCAGGGGUAAAUCCAAACUGCUGACCUUACGAGCCUCGGCUACUGAGGAUGAUGAUGAUGAUGAUGAGGAGGAGUAUGGUACAAAUCAGGAGGAAGAAAACUAUUCCAUGAAUGCGGAGGAGGAAAACCAGGCCUUCGUGCCAGCUGGGCUGUGCUCUGUGACGAGGGUCCAGUCUGAGGUGGAGGAAACUGUGGAGGAGCUGGACAUCUCAGUAAAUGUUCCUGAUGUCCUGGGAAUUUCCCAGAAUGCAGUGUGCCCUGAGUCGUCCUGUGAGAGGGCACUGGCCCCCAUGGGCUCCGUGCCCUGCGAGCAUCAGCUUGACCUGCUGGUUGAUGUGAUUGAGUUCCUGGCUCCGGAUCACAUGGAAGUGUCUGAAGAAGCAGCGAGGACUCUCCUGACCAUCGGACAUUCUGCUCACGUGAUCCAAUCUGGAGAAACGUCCAGUACAGGUGAUGUCAUAAUUGUCAAAGAAUCAUCGAACCAAGACCAUGAAGUAGUUCUCAUGGAAACGAUGGAUCAAUCUGAGACCAGGGUUGAAACCUGUGACAUGGUGACCUCUGACCCUUCUUGUAGCAUUGCCUCCGAAACUGAUCCAGUUAGUACCGUCAGUAUGGGAGAUAAAACUUUAGCACCAACUCCUCUUCAGGACUCCGCCCAUACGGCCGAGCCAAUUAGCUCUCAGGAAAGUACAGUUCUGUCUAACGAAAUCCAAGCAGAGACCUCAAACAUCAUCGCUCAAGAACCCACAGCUUCAAAGACACGAAGGAACCGUCUGCUCAAACCCAAACCCAACUUGAGCCGAGCCUUUAGAACCACGCAAAGGGAACCUGCAGAAUCAGUCACCAGUUCUGCAGAAACGUUCAGCACUCCAGUAAAGACUGAUAUCGAAACAAAAACAGUGGAGACGCAAAUAUCAUCAGUGAAAGACUUCAUUCCUAACGCAGCCUCUCAGCCGGAACCUGAGGAACAGAACUCGGAAGAAAGAGAUAAUGACAAAAGCGAAGGGCGUAUCCCUGUCCUGUCACUCGAGGAAAAGAUGGAGGACGGAGUUUCAGGAAAAAGAACCGGUGUAGAGGAUGAGAGAAAAGAAGAAACACAGCAAACACACAGUGAGUCUGAAUCACGUUCUUCAGGUUCUCAGUGCUCUGUGAAACCCUCUCAGCCAGUCAGAAGAUGUCGAGGACCCAAACCUAACCUGGUGCAGAGUAUCAGAACCACACACGUCCAGCAGAACCAUCCAGCAGUUCCUGAUGAGACACAAGCUGCUCCAAACACUUUUACUGACCCUGAGCCAGAGGAGGGCGCUAACGUCGUCCCAGAGCCGGAAAGAGAAACUCCUCCAAACGACCCUGUAACGGUGAUUCCUGAUGCUCAUCCAGAGGAACAUCCUGGACCUGUGUGUGAACCUUCAACCUCCGAUGAGCCAGUGUAUAUUCUCUCUCUCACUGAGGUCCUGCCCACUUUGAAAGAAGAGGCGGGGCUUGUGACUGAUUCUCUCCCACUUGCUGCAACAUCAGGAUUGCAUUCUGAACCAAUCACUGCCAUUGAAAAUGCCACUCCUGAUGUGGAAGGUACAGGUCCAGCUGGAGAUCAGGUAUUGUCCCAGCUCCUCCCUGAUGCAUUGAUUCCCAUCUCAGAGGAGCGAGAGACUGAGAACAGAGAAAAUGAAACGAGCAGAAGACAGGAGGAGGAAAGCUGGAGCCAAGUCAGAAGAAGAGAACAUUCUCCUUUAAGUCAGAACGUUACUGCUCUAGAGGGACCUGAUGAACCACCUGUGGAACCAUCAGCAUCAAGCCAUAAGCCUGAGGGGAACGUCGAGGAGACGGACCUUCCUGCUAAGAAGAGAAAGCUUCCAGAAAGAGGAAGAAGAGCAAAACUGCGGAUCAAACCCAACCCAGUUCAGAGAAAAACCUGUCGUGACCUUCCAUCUUUAGACAAGAUGAGAUCUUCACCUGCUUCUUCAUGUGAGAUGACGUUUGUACAAACAGAACCACGACAGACAUCAUUGAUAAUUCCUUCAUUGGCUUCAACAGAAGAAGCUCCAUCAUCCACCAUUUUGAAUCAAAAAGAAACUUCUUCAUUGGCAAUUUUGGAUAAAGAAGCUCCAUCAUCAGCCAUUUUGAAUCAAAAAGAAGCUUCUUCAUUGGCAAUUUUGGACAAAGAAGCUCCAUCAUCAGCCAUUUUGGACAAAGAAGCUCCAUCAUCAGCCAUUUUGAAUCAAAAAGAAGCUUCUUCAUUGGCCAUUUUGGAUAAAGAAGCUCCAUCAUCAGCCAUUUUGGAUAAAGAAGCUCCAUCAUCAGCCAUUUUGAAUCAAAAAGAAGCUUCUUCAUUGGCAAUUUUGGACAAAGAAGCUCCAUUAUCAGCCAUUUUGGACAAAGAAGCUCCAUCAUCAGCCAUUUUGAAUCAAAAAGAAGCUUCUUCAUUGGCCAUUUUGGAUAAAGAAGCUCCAUCAUCAGCCAUUUUGGAUAAAGAAACUCCAUCAUCAGCCAUUUUGAAUCAAAAAGAAGCUUCUUCAUUGACAAUUUUGGACAAAGAAGCUCCAUCAUCAGCCAUUUUGGACAAAGAAUCUCCAUCAUCAGCCAUUUUGAAUCAAAAAGAAGGUCCAUCAUCAGUCAUUUUGAAUCAAAAAGAAGCUUCUUCAUCGGCCAUUUUGGAUAAAGAAGAAGCUUCAUCAUCGGCCGUUUUGGAUAAAAACAUCAAAAUUUCUACUGCUUCCACAGAGCAGAGUUCUGCAAUCUUGCCUUCACCUGUCAGGACAGAAACUCCGCCUCCCCAGGCUGCUGCUUCUGCUGCUUCUUCUUCUCAAGGCAUUGUGGGAAACCUCGACCUUUCAGGAACUGACCCUGUGGAGCCUAGUGCCAGUAGGGUGGGGGUGGGGUCACAACCUGUUCAUCAAAUCACACCCCUGGCUUCAACCGGACCUCUGACGAGACCUGGUAGGAGACCUAAAGGCUUCCUGUCCUUCAUGUCCAGUACAAGCACACAGAGACCCUCAGAGUCCACUCGAGCUCCUCAAAAACCCGUCAUCACGUCUCGUACAGAGCGGAGGCGAGCUGCACCGAGCACCUCUGCUCCGCCUCCUGCUCCUCCUCCUCCUCCUCCUCCUCCUCCUCCACAUGUGAGCUCACACAUGCAGCCCGAGAUGUCGAGCGUGAACCCGAGCGCAGCAGAAGACAACGAAGAGCCCAUGAGUGUCACAGCGUACUACUUUGACAUCUUCACUGUAGUGGAUGAACAGGAUGAGCUCGACUGAGGACAUCGCCGAGCCAGCGACGAUUAGCUUAGAAUGAGCGAGCUUUCACUCUACUUGUUUUUUUGUACUUGCUAGCUUUUACUCAUUUGCAGCAUUAGUGUGUUUAGUGUGACACAGACGAAGAGCGUCACACUGCCAAUCAGGGAUAAAACACUCAUACGUUUUUUUAAAAACAGUUAAAUUAGGUAAAGCUGAGUGACCACAUGAUCAGUGCAACACCAGUCGAUGUGGAAUUUCGUGUUUGGGGGAUUUUCUUCGUCCUCUUUAUUGUUUUUACCUCAAAAUUCUCCAAAACACUGUCAUUUAUCCUCAUAUUUCAGCAGGUUACAUUUUUCUGAAGUUUCUUACGUAGUUUUGAGUGCUGCAGAGUUUUUAAAAUCGUAUCGAAGUGUAUCAGAACACAACACUUAUUUCAUCUUGCUUACGUCUCAUUCUGUAAUUAUGAAAUUGAGUUUCAUUACCCAUAAUGCCGAGCAGCCUGAAUCACCUUCUGUGACUUUUUGUAUUGUCUGUGUAUUUUCGUAUCUUUGUAUGAUGAGUGGGUGUGGCCUGUUCCACUACUACUUCCAUUUCUGUGUCAUGGACAUUCCCAAAUAGGAAAAUUGGGAGAGAGGGAGGGUUUCUAUAGUGACGGUUCGGUCACAGGGGCAUGUAUGGAAGACGCUCUGCAAAUUCCAACUUGUGAUGUCAUAAUGACUUCUUCAGCCAGAGGGCCCUCAUUUCAGAUUACUUUCUUGUAUUUAUAUCUUUUUUUUUUUUUUUUGUCAGUUCAUUUCACAGGGCGGCACGGUGGUGUAGUGGUUAGCGCUGUCGCCUCACAGCAAGAAGGUCCGGGUUCGAGCCCCGUGGCCGGCGAGGGCCUUUCUGUGUGGAGUUUGCAUGUUCUCCCCGUGUCCGCGUGGGUUUCCUCCGGGUGCUCCGGUUUCCCCCACAGUCCAAAGACAUGCAGGUUAGGUUGACUGGUGACUCUAAAUUGAGCGUAGGUGUGAAUGUGAGUGUGAAUGGUUGUCUGUGUCUAUGUGUCAGCCCUGUGAUGACCUGGCGACUUGUCCAGGGUGAACCCCGCCUCUCGCCUGCGACCCUGUAGGACAGGAUAAAGCGGCUACAGAUAAUGAGAUGAGUUCAUUUCACAAUUUUUUUCCUCAUUCCUUUCUUUUCUUUCCUUCUUCCCCUUUUCUUUCUGUCCUGUUUGACAGAGAUACUGAAUUCCAGAGAUUUUACAGAAUUACAGAUAUAUAUUUAUAUUUUAGUGCCUCUGGAAUCUGUGGGCGUGGCCUGUUCUUUCAUUGUUUUGUGUAGCAAAAAGAAAAUGGGAAUAUUUGUGUCUCAAGUUAACCAGAGCCAGUGAUUAAGACUUGGUGCUUUACUGCAUGGUUAAUUAUUUAUAUUACAGUCGUCUCCUUGUUGCUUUGUCGUUUUGUUGGAAUUGUGGAUAAGUUUUAAGCAGGUAUACAGGAAACGAAGGUCACCUGACACCGUCACUUCUUAGUGUUAACACAGAGACAGACGGGUUCUCCUCAGGAACCGGUGAUGUUCUGGACUACACUGUGCUUUCACUUAACUUUGUUGUUUUUGUGGUUUUGCUAUAAUAAUAUUAAUAAUUAUUAUUAUUAUUAUUAUUUAACCACAGCUGCUGAACUGCUAAAUGUUUGUUGUUAAUCAGUGGUGUGCCACGUUUCCUGCUUCCUGCCUUGACUGUGCACAGUGCUUUAUACACUUCUACAUUUACAGUGUUCUAAGAUACAACUACACUCUCCUUCAUGUUGUACACAAGUUUACAAGCAUCGUUUUUUCGUCAGUUGCUUUUGUCAAUUUAACGUCAUCUGUAAAUAUGUUAAUACAUUUUUACUAUGUGCUUUUAUUUGUGAUAUAAAUUCCUUUGUAAUUAUUUUACACAUUA